AACCAAUCUUCGGGCGGACUCCCUACCUGAAAAGCUAUAAGGAACGCCCAACACAAUAGCGCUUUUUGUUCCCCCCUCCGUCUCUCUUUUGUAUCCUGCUUUAGGGAGCUUCCCAACUACUACCGUGCUACUGUAUCCAUAUCACUAUAGACAUGCCAGCCGUCCGUCUUUCACACCGUCGACGUUCAUCCUUGGCCAUUGCGGCUCUCCACCCAAUAAAGGCAGGCAUCUAUGGUAUCAACACGACUCCUUCGCCACGAUCAGUUACAUUUGCGCCUAAUGUCACUCCAGUCACGUUUAACGAGACUGACGAGUGCUUGUCCUCACCAACACCAGAAUCUUCGUCGCCCACGACGCAGCUCUUCCCUCCUUCAGAGCUUCCCCCAACGACCACCAGGAGACGUGUACCUCCUGGCAAGCGCCGGUCGCUAGGUUACAUACCACGUCCCCCGAACGCGUUUAUGUUGUUCCGUGCGGACUUUGUCCGUCAGAAGCACGUUCCAGGGUCCAUCGAGACUAAUCACGGUUCGCUGUCCAAGAUUAUCGGCAAUUGCUGGAGAGCGCUUCCUCUCGAGGAGAAGCGUGUAUGGGAGAUCAAGGCCAAGCACGCCAAAGCUGAACACAAGGCGCGGUAUCCUGAAUACCGUUUCCGCCCAGUCCACAACAAGAAUAAGGAAAAGAAAAAAGAAAAGGCCACACCCACAGCUGAAGAUGAACGCCGCUGCGAAGAGGUUGCUCAGCUCCUCCUUGACGGAAUGAAGGGCGACCAGCUCGCUGCUGCUAUCCGCAAGCUCGAUGAAAAUAAGGUACAUGUGCCUACGCCUGCCUAUCUUCUGAGGCGACCCUCUUCCGUGCCCCUUCCGGAUUCGCGGUUUGGUGCUGCAGGCAUUACCAUCCCAACGCUACCUUUCUUUGCAGGCUCGCGUCCCGGGUCUCCUGUUGGAAAAAUCUCUCGCUCUGCUCGCUAUAUCCUGGGUCAGCGCAGAGCUUCGAGUGCCCAACCGACUAUUCCCCGUCAUUGGGGCGUCGCCCCACCUGCCUCUUGGCAGCGCGACGAGUCUCCCCUUCCGGAGGCAAACACGAGCUUGUUUGAGCCAUCGUUCUUCAACUCGAACUUUUCCAGCCAAACCACGCAGUCAGACUGUGCAUUCAGCUUUAAUGAGAUGAUCUCCACUUUCCCUCCUCAUGCUCCUCAGGACUUCGGCAUUGCUCCCUUGGACCCGCUUCAUGAUCUGUCAUUAGAUAUCAAUGCCUUGAAUUUCAACCCGAAUGACCCCUCCGCCUGGAUGUCGGCAGAGUACAGCAACUCUCAGACUUCAUCCCCAUACUCCGGCUCCCCUGCACAUUCUGACAUGUCGCUGCCCGUUGCUGCACCCCAGCCACAGCAUGCAGUCGCCCAAUUCGAUCACUGGCCAGACAUGUCGCAGCAGUACACUAUUCCUGUCAAGGGUCUGGACUGCUUGCAGGGGUCCGGUGAGCAGCAGAUCAUGGAGCCACAGUUCUCCGGUUACUCAACUGGCAUCGAGGGUUUGUUCCCACCGCUCGGCGUCGUUGAUACCCAUGGACCUCACAUGAUGGGUUUCGACUAUAACUCGUACUGCUUGUCUUAGCUCGGCG